AUAGUACUAUUAUAGGGAUGAGGUGUAUACAAUUGGAUGGUCCAUCUAUUUGGGCUCUCAUUCAAAAUAGGAUCAGUGUUGAAGGCCCCAUGCGGCCACAAGUUGUCAAGUUCUGUCCCCAAGUCCAAAGCCAAAAGCUAACUGUUUAAAGCCAAUUAUUCUUUUUGACGGCCCCAUAUUCUAGUCCAGGCCCGAAAACUCUGAGUCCGGGUGCGGUUUCACCCCCGAAAAAACAAAAAAAAAAGAUUUGAGAAAGAGGAAAGACAGAAAGAAAGAAGACAUGAACGAAACCAAUGGUGGUGUGCGUUUACUCUCUCUUUCUAAAGAGUCGAAAAUCAUAUGCUGGUGUGGUUUUUGAGGUCUAGGGUUUGAGAUCUUGGAGGGUGGAAAAGACACUGAAACAUUUGGCCAUGGAUGAACCAACCCCCACAGUGUUUUACGAGACACGACGUCACAUUACGAGGCCCUAUACUCCCAGUUACCCUCCCCAACAGGCCAAUGACGGCAGUAAAGGGAGCUUUCUUUCACUGCUUUCCCUUCAAGGUGUGAACCAACUCAAAGAGAAAUGGAACGAAUACAAACAGCCAAGAAAAUUGAGAAAAUUGGCAUCAUUGUUUAUCUCUCCAAGAGGUGAACGUGUGGCUGUGGCUUCUGGAAAUCAGAUAACAAUUUUGCAGAAGGAGGAUGACUACUCAAAGCCAUGUGGCACUUUUACAAGUGGCAGCCUUGCUUCAUUUACAACAGGGACUUGGUCAGAAAGUCAUGAUGUUCUCGGAGUUGCUGAUGACACUGAUACACUAUAUUUUAUCAAAGCAAACGGUGAUGAGAUAACGAGGAUCGCGAGGAGGCAUUUAAAAGUAUCUCUACCAGUAAUAAGCCUGAUUGUGCAGGAUGAUUCUGAUGCACAGAAAUCUUGUCUGUGUAGCUUUAUUGUGGUCACAUCUGAUGGUUCCCUUCAGCAUGUUGAGAUCUGUCAGGAUCCAAGUUCCUCCAUAUAUUCUGCACGCACCUCAAAUAAUGGAUUAACUGCAAAGGGGCAGUUCCCUGACAAUGUUUUAUGCGUUGACUACCAACCAGGGCUUUCUUUGCUUGCUGUUGUCACACUAACCUCAGGUUCUUGUUAUCUUUCUCUUUGGGGUAGAAGUAGGAUCAUUGAUCUGGAGCAGCUUGUUACCAUUCAGUUUGAGGGUUUUUAUUCCAAACCAAAAGGUCAGAAAAGUAAGCUAGCACAUCCAAAGGUGCUAAUCUCCCCACAAGCCAAAUUUGUUGCAACUUUAGAUGUGACAGGAUGCUUGCACAUAUUUAAGCUGGAUAAAGACUGCUUUUCACUUUCAAAUUUUACAUGCAGAGAGAGAUGCGAGUCAGAACUGACCAAUAAUUUGUCAAGUGGAGAGGGGGAACAUUUAAGUGACAUUGUGGAUUUUACUUGGUGGUCUGACCACAUCCUUGCUUUUGCAAGAAGGAGUGGCAUUGUUACCAUGCUUGACAUCCUUAGUGGCUUGAAAGUUCAGGAAAAUGGAACUGUAUAUUCUAAGCCCAUUAUAGAAAGAAUAAAUAUGUUUCAAGGAAACAUUUUUCUUUUGGAGACCAUUUCAUCUGAAAAGAGAUCAAACUCAAAGGAAACUAAUGAUUCACAUAGUAUGGAGCAUAUUGCAGUGGACAGCCUUGACCAAAUUGACAUUUCUUCAUUGAACUGGAGCCUUGUAUCAUUUUCUGAGAGGUCCAUCCUGGAAAUGUAUAACAUUUUGAUUAGAAAUGAAAAAUAUCAGGCUGCCUUGGAUUUUGCUGAUUGUCAUGGGUUGGAUAAAGAUGAAGUCAUAAAAUCACAGUGGUUGCAUUCAAGUCAAGGAGCAAAUGAAAUAAGUACCUUUUUAUCAAAAAUUAAGGAUAAACCUUUUAUACUUUCUGAAUGUGUUGAUAAAGUUGGACCUACAGAAGAUGCUGUGAGGGCCUUACUUGCAUAUGGGCUGCGCCUAACCAACCAGUAUGGGUUUUCUGAACCUGAAAAGGAUGAAUGUACGGAAAUUUGGGAUUUCCGCAUGGCUAGACUUCAGUUAUUGCAAUUCAAAGACCGGUUGGAGACGUUUCUUGGGAUAAAUAUGGGCAGGUUUUCUGUGCAGGAAUAUAGAAAAUUUCGAGCUAUGCCUAUAAAUGAAGCUGCUCUUACUCUUGCUGAAAGUGGGAAAAUUGGGGCUUUAAAUCUCCUGUUCAAGCGCCAUCCUUAUUCACUGGCUCCUUUCAUAUUGGAUAUUUUAGCUGCUAUCCCUGAAACAGUUCCUGUACAAACAUAUGGGCAGCUUCUCCCAGGGAGGUCUCCCCCAACAAGUGUAAUUUUGAGAGAAGAGGAUUGGGUUGAAUGUGAGAAAAUGAUAAAUUUUAUCAACAGAUCACCCAAGGACCAUGAGAUUUGUAUCCAAAUCCAGACUGAACCCAUACUCAAGCAGUGCCGAGGAUCUGUUUGGCCAUCUACUAAUGAACUUUCAACAUGGUACAAGAAGAGAGCUAGAGAUAUUGAUAGUUGUAGUGGACAGCUAGAUAAUUGCCUUUGCUUGAUUGAGUUUGCUAAUCGCAAAGGUGUAUAUGAGUUGCAGCGAUUCCAUGAGGAUGUCUCAUAUUUGCACCAACUUAUUUAUUCUGAUGACAGUAUUGGUGAAAUAAAUUCCAGUCUGAGUCUUGUCAUUUGGGAACAAUUAUCUGACUAUGAGAAAUUUGGGAUGAUGCUUAAAGGAGUUAAAGAAGAAAAUAUGAUUGGAAGAUUGCGUAAUAUGGCAGUUCCAUUUAUGCAAAAUAGGUUUCAUUAUACAGUCUCAGUUUCACAGGAUCAGGUUGCAGAUAAUCAUCUUACCCCAGAGCAUAACAAGGUCGAGUCAUUUCUGGUUAGAUGGCUAAAGGAAACUGCUUCCGAGAACAAAUUGGACAUCUGCUUGCUUGUAAUAGAGGAAGGGUGCUGUGAUUUCCAAAGUAAUAGCCUAUUUAAGGAUGAGGUUGAAGUCAUAGACUGUGCCCUGCAGUGCAUUUAUUUGUGCACUUCUACUGAUAGGUGGAGUACUAUGGCAACCAUAUUGUCAAAGCUUCCACAUAUUCAAGAUGGUGAAAUAAUUGUUGAUGAUCUUGAGAGAAGAUUGAAAUUGGCAGAAGGCCACAUUGAAGUAGGGAGGCUCCUGGCAUUUUAUCAGGUACCAAAGCCUCUGAAUUUUUUCCUAGAAUCUCAUGCUGAUGGAAAAGGUGUAAAGCAAAUUCUUCGCCUUAUACUGUCAAAGUUUAUACGUCGACAACCUGGUCGAUCAGAUACUGAUUGGGCAAGCAUGUGGCGUGAUAUGCAAUGCAUUAGGGAUAAGGCAUUUCCUUUCCUGGACCUGGAGUAUAUGUUGAUGGAAUUUUGCAGAGGGCUGCUGAAAGCUGGGAAGUUUUCUCUUGCCAGGAAUUAUUUAAAGGGUACAAGUUCAGUUGCUUUGGCAUCUGAGAAGGCUGAAAAUCUUGUCAUACAAGCUGCAAGGGAGUAUUUUUUCUCAGCUUCGAGUCUUACUUGUACUGAAAUCUGGAAGGCUAAGGAAUGCCUCAAUUUAUUUCCAAGCAGCAGAAAUGUCAAAGUGGAGUCUGAUAUUAUUGAUGCACUUACUGUUAGACUUCCCAGACUUGGAGUGACUCUCUUACCCAUGCAAUUCAGGCAAAUAAAAGAUCCGAUGGAGAUUAUUAAAACGGCAAUCACAUGCCAAAAUGGUGCAUAUUUACAUGUUGAUGAACUCAUUGAGAUUGCUAAACUUCUUGGAUUGAGUUCUCCAGACAACAUAUCUUCUGUUCAGGAAGCGAUUGCCAGAGAAGCUGCAGUUGCUGGUGAUCUCCAAUUGGCCCUUGAUCUGUGUCUUGUUUUGGCUAAGAAAGGGCAUGGUCACAUUUGGGACUUAUGUGCUGCAAUAGCAAGGGGUCCUGCCCUUGAAAACAUGGAUAUAAAUUCUCGAAAGCAGUUAUUGGGUUUUGCUUUGAGCAAUUGUGAUGAGGAAUCCGUUAGUGAGUUGCUCCAUGCAUGGAAAGAUUUAGAUUUGCAAGGUCAAUGUGAGACAUUAAUGAUGUUGACAGGGACUGAAUGUCCAGAUUUUUCAAUUCAAGGCUCCUCGGUUAUUACAGGCCCAGUCCAUGGUAUUCAAGAUAUAAUCAACCUAAAAGGUUGCUUGGAAAUGGUUGAAGGAGCUAGUUGUGACGAUCAAGAAGUUCAUCUUAGUAACAUUAAAAAUUUACUUUCUGUUGUUGCUAAAAAUUUGCCUGUUGUGAAUGGAACCAGUUGGGAAUCUGUUUUGACAGAAAAUGGAAAACUUUUGUCUUUUGCUGCCCUACAACUUCCAUGGUUGCUUCAACUAAGUAGGAAUACAGAACACAGUAAGAAAUCGAUUGGUAACUUGAUUCCUGGAAAGCAAUAUGUGAGUGUAAGAACACAAGCUUUAGUGACCAUUCUGUCCUGGUUGGCAAGAAAUGGUUUUGCUCCUACAGACCAUGCGGUUGCGUCUUUGGCAAAAUCAAUUAUUGAACCACCUGUUACCGAAGAGGAAGACAUAGUGGGUUGCUCCUUUCUCUUGAAUCUGGGGGAUGCCUUUAAUGGGGUUGAAGUCAUUGAAGAGCAGCUUAGAACAAGGAAGGAUUACCAAGAAAUUUCUAGCAUCAUGAAUGUGGGGAUGACUUAUAGCUUGUUAUAUAGUUCAGCAAUUGAGUGUGAAGGUCCUAUGGAAAGGAGGGAGCUGCUACUGAGGAAGUUUAAAGAAAAGCACACACCACCUAGUACUGAUGAAAUAAACAAAUUUGACAAGGUACAGUCUACCUUUUGGAGAGAAUGGAAACUGAAAUUAGAAGACCAAAAGCGCGUUGCAGAUCGCUGUAGAGCAUUAGAGAAAAUAAUCCCUGGCGUUGACACUGCACGCUUUUUGUCUCGGGACUUUAAUUACAUUGGAAGUGUUGUUUUUCCCCUGAUUGAUUCAGUAAAGUUAGAGAAGAAGCACAUUUUGAAGGACGUUUUAAAAUUAGCUGAUGAUAAUGGCUUGAACCGUGCAGAGGUCUUUCUACGUUAUCUGAGUUCUGUCCUUGUUUCUGAGGUUUGGUCCAAUGAUGAUAUUACUUACGAAAUUUCAGAAUUUAAAGGAGAAAUAGUUGGCUAUGCUGUAGAAACCAUCAAAGCUGUCUCCUCUGAUGUAUACCCUGCAAUUGAUGGAUGCAACAAGUUGCGUCUUGCUUACAUGUUUGGUCUGUUCUCUGACUGCUACUUGCAACUGGAAGAAAGCAGAAAAGAAUUACCAAUUAUACACCCUGAUCAAGAGCAUCUAUCUGGUUUUGGAUUAUCUCGUUUUUACAAGUUAAUGGAGCAAGAGUGCAAGAGAGUUUCGUUUCUUGCGAACCUAAACUUCAAAAAUAUUGCUGGCUUAGGUGGUUUAAACUUAAAGUGCUUAAGCCAUGAAGUCUACAUGCACAUAUAUGAAAGUAGCUUGGAAGCCUUGGCAACGAUGGUAGAGAGCCUUGCCAGUAUAUAUUCUGACCCAUUGUCGAAGGGUCUCAUAACAUGGCAAGAUGUCUACAAGCAUCAUGUUUUGAGUUUGUUGACACCUUUGGAGGCUAAAGCCGGAACUGAUUCGAUCAUCAAAAGCACUGAGGACCUUCAAUGCUUCAUUUGUCAACUUGAGCAGAGCUAUGAAUAUUGCAGAAAGUAUAUUAUACUCUUGGCGCAUGUAGAUUCUUUGAACAUUAUGAAGCGGUAUUUCACCAUAAUUGUUCCUCUUUUGGGUUCUUAUGGGACUCUACCAGAUAACUCAGCUUGGCAAGAAUGUCUUAUAAUUCUCUUGAACUUUUGGAUAAGAAUGAUUGAUGAGAUGAAGGACAUUGCAUCUCAUGAGGAAGCCAAAGAAAAUUGCAGGCUGAAUCUGGAUUGCUUAGCGUGUUGUCUAAAGAUUUUCAUGAGGCUGGUAAUAGAAGACACUGUCUCGCCAAGUCAGGGCUGGGGUACAAUUGUCAGCUUUGUCAGUCAUGGUUUAAUUGGCGACUCUGCUUCUGAACCAUAUAUGUUCUGUAGAUCGAUGAUUUUUUCUGGUUGUGGGUUUGGAGCUGUGGCUGAAGUAUUUUCUCAAGCAGUAGGGGGUCCCACUGGUUCCACUUUGGCAGGUGACACUGAAGUCCAGGAACUUCCCCUUCUCUACUUAAAUAUUUUGGAACACAUUUUAAAGGAUGUGGUUGUCCGUGAGUGGCAGGACUAUGAGAACUUGUAUAAGCUUUUAUCAUCUUUGAGUAAAUUAGAAGGUGAUUUAGAGUAUUUGGAUAAGGUCAGGCAUUUAGUUUGGGAAAGAAUGGCUAAGUUCUCAGAUAACCUGCAGCUACCAGGGUCAGUUAGAGUUUGUACUUUAGAGCUUAUGCAAUUCCUCACUGGUAAAAGUACCAAAGGUUUGUCUGCUAGUAUACAAUCUAGUGUUAUGCCAUGGGAAGGAUGGGACGAGGUGCAUUUUAUGAGUAACAAAAGUGAAACUACUGAUCAGGGGUUGGUUGAUCAUAAUGAUACACCUAACAGGUUUACAAGUACAUUAGUUGCCCUCAAAUCAUCACAGCUUGUGGCAACCAUAUCACCCACCUUGGAAAUUACUUCCGAUGAUCUCUCGAAUCUAGAGAAAGCUGUUUCUUGCUUCCUAAAGCUGUGUGAUGUUGCUCAAUCAUAUUCCCAUGUUGGUUCUUUGCUCGCCAUGUUAGGAGAGUGGGAAGGAUUUUUCUUGGUGAGGGAAGAUAAGAAACCCUCUGUAGAAGCUUCUGAUGCUGGAAAUGACUGGAAUGAAAACUGGGAUGAAGGAUGGGAGAGUUUCCAGGAAUUAGAACCUCCUGUUAAAGAAAAGGAGAGUUCCUUUUCCAUUCACCCUUUGCACGCAUGUUGGUUGGAGAUUUUCAAAAAACUUGUAAUGCUCUCCCAGUUUAAAGAUGUUCUAAGACUGAUUGAUCAGUCCUUGCUGAAAUCUAAUGGGAUAUUGCUUGAUGAAGAUGGUGCGAGGAGCUUGAGCCAGAUUGUUCUCGAAAGAGAUUGCUUCACGGCUUUAAAGCUGGUGCUACUACUGCCUUUUGAAACGCUACAGUUGCAGUGUUUGGCCGCUGUUGAAGACAAGUUGAAGCAAGGAGGCAUCUCCGACUCGAUUGGUGGGGACCAUGAGUUAUUAAUGCUAGUAUUAUUCUCUGGGGUUUUGCCCACUAUCAUCUCCAAUUCUUCCUAUGGUAACACUUUAUCUUGUAUCUGCUAUUUGGUCGGCAACUUAUCCCACAAGUUUCAAGCAGCUCGGUUACAAAAUGAGAGGCUUGUUCAGAAAGGAAAGGGUGGAUGCAAAGAAGAAAAUGAGAGUUGGUUGUUGGUUUUUAGAAGAAUGCUCUUCCCCUGUUUUAUUUCAGAGCUUGUGAAGGCAGAUCAGCAACUUCUGGCAGGACUCAUUGUUACAAAAUUUAUGCACACAAAUGCGUCACUUGGUCUUGUUAAUGUUGCAGAGGCAAGUCUUGGUCGGUUUUUAGAGGUGCAGCUCCAUGGACUACAUGACCCCCUUGAUGAGACGCGUUCGCAAGAAACCUUGAAAAAUGUUGUUUCUAGUUUGAGAGGCAAGUUGGAAAAUCUGAUCCAGGGUGCAUUAUCGUUGCUUUCAACCAAUGCUAGAUGAGAAGGCAUGAUGAGCUUUUUCUUCCCAAUCAAAAUAGUUGUCUUUGCACUCGGAGUGGCGAGUUGUGUAUUUUUUUGUUAGGUAGUGAUUCGAAAUGUAUAUAUUUAAACAAAGAGUGUAAACUAGACGCCAUGUUUAUUGUUUUACUAAAGGAAUACAUAUUAUCCACUGAGGCGUAGUGAUCCUUCUGGC